AUGGACGUUCGACUUGUCAAGAGCAAGCAAGGAGAGCGAGAGACGCUUCCUGGAGCGAAUGAGCGUAUGGAUGAUUGCGUCUCAUGCCUAACCAAGCCCCUGCUGAAGGGAGACGAGUUCUUCAAGUACGAAUGCUCCGUUUGCACUCAGGGCCCAGAGUUCUUUGAGCGUGCCGCACUCAAACUCAAGCCAAAGAACAAGGUCGUUCAAAAAUCAGGAGUCGCGCGCCAUCCGACAGCAAAAGCAAAGGAAAAGCGAGCAAGAGCAAAGGGAUCUCCAUCAAAGAAGAAGACGCGGUUUGACGAGACUUCGUCAGAUGAAGAGUUCCGGUCAUUCGCAAAAGUCAGGAACACUGCCAGUGUACCCACCACCAGAAUCAAGAGCCGCCAGUUUUCUCUCUCAUCAGGAUCAUCACUCUCAUCAGCAGGCGACUCUGACGACUCCUUGGACGAAGAAGAGGCAUUCUGGAAAUCAGACGAGGAGAGGGAGAUCCGACCAAUGGUGUACUUGCACGGUAUCCCCGCCUGCAUUCAACACCACUUUAAUCCCUCGGGACUGGAUUUCUCUGCAGGCCCGAUUCACCUAGAAGAGGUUUUUCGACUGACCGACUUGAUUGACGAAAACUCUCCUGGAAGGCUUGUUCACAGGAUUAACAACCUGGCCAUGUCCAUUGGUGGCAAAAAGAAGCGGAGAAAGUCUUCGGCAGCAGAGAUCAAGCACGAAGUGAUACACCACGUCAUGAACGAACACCACUAUCCUCAAGACAUGUCUGAUAUGUCUGACAAUGACCAGGACGAGGAGGUUGAUGGCUCCACGGAUGCAAGCGACAUGGAUUCAGACCAGGGAUCUGAGGACUCUAACGACGAGCUAGAGGUCGACAGUAUACGGGAUAUUCACAGCCGAGCAAUGGCGUCAAAGAGAACUUCCGGGAAACGAUUCGACCCAGAGGCAGGAUCUUCACGCAAGAGUACCUCAUCUGCCUCCAGGGUUUCUCUGGUUCCACCUACACAUGGAGGAAAAUAUGGUCGCAGGAAGAGUUCGCUCAAGGAUCCCAUGACAGUUUACGAGAGCUCCCACAAGUCCAAAAAGAACGUCUCCAUGGCCGACGAGGUUAAUGCGUCACACUCUUCGUCUUCUUUCUCAGCGCUGACGGCACGUGUUGGUGGCGGCAAGAAGUUCUCACAAGCUCACAUCGAUGCCAUGAAGGCUCAGGCGGACUUUGCCAAGCCAGCACCCAAGCCCAGGGCCAGGUCGAAACCAAAGUCCAAAGCUCAUUCCCAGAAUUUCACAUAUGCCCACACAGGAUCAAACUCGGAGACACAUCUCGGAUCGGAGCCGUCUUUGAGCAGUCUAUCGUUAACCGACAACGUCGUCCCUGCAUCGCCACCAGUUUUGACUCUCCAACAGAUUCAGCGACAACAGGAGUGGCACAUCUUGCAGAUCUUGGAGGACGCCUCAAAGACCAAAGCCCUACCAACGGUCGCGGCUCGGUUCAAGCGGAAACUCCAUCUCAAGAGGCUUAAGGCGUUCUUGCAGCUCCCUCUCUUUGAUCUGGAAAACUACAUGCGGCAACAUCUUGCCUCACCCUCGGAUUUGGCACCACUCUCGAAACAUAUCCCUCCUGACCCAUACGAGCUCCGGCGACUUCGCGAGGAAGAGUUCCAGGCCAAGAUUCAAAAGAUCCACCACACACCCUAUGGGCAGUCAUUCGCCUCGCGGCUGCUGGGUCAACCUGUGGAAUGCACUACUCGGAAGCCAUGGGAGCAGCUGUGGAAGAGCCCGUUCUCUGGCAAGGAGCUGAAGGACUAUAUCUGGCGAGACUAUGAGUCGAGGUCGGUGACGAUGGAUGUCUUGGACGAGAUCCGGUCACGCUGUGGCCGUCCAGCCAAGUUACCCUGGUCGAAUCUCGGAUUGGAGAGUCUCUAUGGCAAGGCUGGCAAGAAGCGGAAACGAGAAGAGUCGGUUGGUUUUGGUUCUGUUGGCGAUAUGGACGGAGUAGAUCAAGAGCAGUCGGACCAGGGUAACAACAGGACUUUUGAAGGGCAGAGCCGGUUCCCAAUCGACUAUUGCUACUUCCGGAGAGAGCAUCUUGCUCAAGUCAACGAGACUCUCUCUCGUCGUUUCUGGCCUGGUAUCGACAUGACGGAAGCGUUGCAGUAUCCCGAGUACUCUGUAGUUGUUCUCUACAAACGACUGGUGGUUGGAUGUGCGUUCAUGACCCCUGAAGGCUACAUCACCUAUGUCGCAGUCUCGGCCGGGUGGGAGAAAGCCGGCAUUGGCCAGUUCAUGUUGUACCAUUUGAUGCAGGCGUCAAACGGCAAGGAUAUUACUCUUCAUGUGAGCGCGAACAAUCCCGCGAUGAUCAUGUACCAAAAGUUUGGCUUCAAACCGGAGCAAUUCUUGAUCAACUUUUACAAAGAGUACCUGCCGCAGGACAGCACAAUGUGCCACAACGCGUUCUUUGUGCGUUUGCGACGUUGA